AUAUGCUUGACACUUAUUACUGCACAUUUUUCAACAAAGUAUACACUCAAGAAGACCAGAUCAUGUGGCAUACUUAUUUGAAAAAUGUACAUAUGUAUUUUGGAAUAUUUUGCCGCAAAUAAGAGAGUUUACUAAAUCCUAAAUAAAUCAUUGAUUAAAAUGCAAUUAAUCACCAGAAAGAAUAGUGGCAGAGGUGUUAUUUAAACGGUAUUUAUAUUUCGAGGCUCAUAUAUACGAUAAUACAUGAGUUUGACUUCGUGCGAUAAAAAAAAUUGGAAAUUUUACACAGAUCAGAUGGAGAAAUCUAACACCAUUUGGUGUUUAUCACUAAACACGAUGCAUUCAAGGGAGAUAUACAACACUGAUCUAACAUUGAUCAUUUUUAUGAAACGAUCUAAUAUCAUUGCCGCAAUACAAAAUUAAUAUACAUGGGUUGCAUAGCAUAACUGACAUAAAAUACAUACAUGUAAAUAGCUUAUAUACCGGAUGCUAGGCAAUUCGGUUCACAUACAAAAUAGCGUAAAAAGUAUCUUACGAGAUGUACAUAUGUUUGUGCAUAUUUUCAUGCACAACUGCAGAUGUGAUGCUCCCUUUUUAUAUACAUCAAAGUCGUCUUACAUUCAAUGUGUUAAACCUUACAUUUUGCAUCCCUAUGAGGCUGCCGUACUCACACACACGCUGAUAACCGCAAAUCCAUCAGUACAACAAUGAGGAGGCUUCUGGUUAUAAAUGCAGACGACUUUGGCUAUAGCGUGGAGCGGAACGAGGGCAUGGUGACCUGUUUUCUGAGCGGGGCAAUUAGUGGAGUCACGCUGAUGGUUAAUGGCGUCGCAGCAGAAGAUGCGGUCAAUAGGGCGAAAAAGGUCAACAUGCCAACAGGGAUGCAUUUCAACAUCAUUGAAGGAACCCCAGUUGGAACCAAAACGAAAACACUAACCGAUUGUACUGGUAAAUUCCUCGAUCUUUCUUCACUCAAGAAAGCUUUAUCUAAAGGCGAAGUUGAUAUGGAAGAGGUGAAGUGGGAGUUACAAAGCCAAAUUGACAGAUUUCAGUCUUUGAUGGGCCAGAAGCCAGAACAUAUUGACGGACACCAACACGCACAUCUUCUUCCAGGAAUUUGUGAAGUGUUUGCAUCAGUUUUACGGGAGAAUGGAGUUCGAAGUACGAGAUGCCCGGAUGAAGAUUUGGAACCAGACCACGUGUAUUCUUGGACCGCUGACGUCAUCAAAGACUUAGAUGCAAUGUUUCAAGAGGUGAUUGAUCAAGCAUCGUCAGCCAAACCUAUCUUGAAGGAAAACGGCAUUUGGGUUUCCGAUCGAUUUGUUGGAUUACAGACGAUGGGAUCAGAUAUGACCUUAGAACGUUUACAAAGACAGUUAGCUAAGGCGUUCAAAUGUAACGGAAAUGACGUCAUAUCCUGUGAGUUAAUGGUGCAUCCUGGGUACAAGUCAGGUGAUGUUGGUGGAUGUGGAAUUGGAGUCGAUGAUUUCGCCAGAUCGGAGCAACGGGAGCACGAGAUGAAUGUGUUGCAAAGUAAAGAGAUGCAAGAUUUUUACCGCACACAGGGAAUUGAAAUUGUUCCUUUCCAGCGCUGCUAUAGUUAAUUAUAUGAAUUGCAACGGCUUUUAAUAUAUGCUGCAUUUUAUUUAGAUUUAGAAAAAAUUAAACAGAUUAUUCUACUGAUAUAAAUCUGCUCUGAUUUAAAUUGUCUACGCAAUGCAAUUUGUCAUUUUAUCAAGCAGCAUCAUAAUUCUUGCCAUUUGAUUAAAACAAACAUUCUUACCGUAAGAUUUAAACAGACAUUCUUGCCGUAAGAUUUAAAGGGACAUGGUCACGAUUUUGGUCAAAAUCUUUUUUUCUGUUUUUAUUAUUUACAAUACUUUAAGAAUGCAUAUCUAAUGAUCGAAUGAAAUUUGAGAGUCAGUCUUAGAGUUACAUGUAUAAGCAAAAUACAGAGCUUACAAUUCUUUAUCAUGUACACAAGGCUCGUGCCAUCUCCUCAUUUACUCAAGUCCAAUAUACCAGUAAAAAAUCUUUUUUCAACACGUUCUUACAUAGAUAAAUAAUUCCUAACGUUUGACACAUUCAUGUUCAGGUAUGAAACUGGAAUUUUCACCUCAACAUUCAAAAUGUUAACAAAAGAUUUGUUUACAUUGCAAAGAAAUGUAAGGUCUGUGUAUUCGCUUAUAUCUCAACGAAUGUCACUCAAAUAUUGGUUGCCUAUCAGAAAUUCCUUACUUAAGCACUGUAGACAUUAGAAUGAGAAAAAUAAUUUUGGACCAAAACCGUGACCAUGCCCUUUUGAUUAAAAUUUAAUUAAAAUGCUAAUUCUUAAUAUGUGCUUCUAUACUUUAUAUGCCUUCAAGUUGGUGUUUUUUUAAUUUUUAAUUUUUGAUUUUAUUUAAAAUUAAAUCAUCUUGUUUCUGAUUUUUAAGUCAUCGCAAAUCUGGCAAUACGGGUGUUGGUGUUAAAGAGGAAAGAAAUUCAAGAGAGCUACAUUGUAUUGUAUUACAAAUUAUAUGUACACAGUUGAUAAUUCCACAUAAUUAUUACUAGUUAAACAUGAAGUUAAAGUAAUAUUGUUGGCUUGGAUAUUGUGAUUGAUUUCCGAAAAUAUUUUUUGUAGUUAUACAUAUGGAGUAAUGUAUUUCAAUUGCUCAGCAUUUAAUGAUUUACAUUUGUAAUAUUAUAUUAUUUUAAUAUUUGAUUUUUUUAAUAAUAAUAUUCAUUUAGAAAAUAGUCGAUAUUAACGUGGAUAAAAGUACAUUACAAUCAAAAUUCAUUCACUGGAAUAUCAAUAUUUUGCCAAAAAAGUAUCUGUUUUUAAAUUGUGGUUAAAAGCCCCAAAGGCAUUUAAGCUCAUGACAUAUCUCCGUAGAUAAUGCUCUAGCCCAUUAUGCUACGCUGUUAGGUAAUAAUUGUUUUAAAGAAACAAAUUAUAAAAUUAUACUUGAAUUUAUUGUUUAUUUCGAUAUGAAGUAAAGUACGUCCCAAAAUGGACUCCGAUGUGUCCCUUACAACCUCAAUAGCAGAUAUGUAAUAAUAUAGAAUAUUGUAACACUUAAACAUUAUACAUUUUUUUGUAUGUAUAAACAUUUUUUAAUGAUUUACUAUCAAUGCCAAAAUAUCGAAAUCAGGGUUUAAAUGAUAUACAUAAUUAUGUAGUUUUUUGAUAAAGUGCAUUAUAUAUAUUUAUAUGUAUUCCAAAAGUAAUAUUGCAAAUAAAGAAAUGAAUCUAAUUAAAAUUCACGAUAUAAAAGUGUACAAAACUGCGA